GAGCACCGUCUUCCCUGUCGCUCACCUGCAUCUUCGCGUUAUUUAUUUCUUUAGUUGCCAUACCUUUUCUUUAGUUUUCUCUCUUCCUCUUCUGUAUUCGAGCGUUGACUUGUGUAGUGGCUGGACAACCGUGUUUUACCGGAGCUUUUCUGAUUUUUUUGAAGUACUUCUCGCAUAUAUACACCUAUCUGUUUCUCUCUGUGUGUCGUUUGACCCCCUCCCCCCCCCCCCCAGUGAUUCUCGUGUUAUUCAGUCAUGCAGGCCGUACUCACCCAAAUUCAUAAGGCCAAUGUGAAGGCCAUCGUGCUGAGCCGCAUGAACAUCAUCAUGGUGGCGCUCGAUGGCGUUGCUAUGCUGAUGCUCAUCGUCACCUGGGCCGUUUCCGUGUCAAAGGAAAAGAGUGGAGUGAUUGCGCGUUACGCGGCAGGCAUCAUCGCCUUCAUCCUGCUCGCCGUUUCGAUGGUACUCUCCAUCCUUGUGCAACGCCUACAGCCCCGCCUCUCGCUGCUGUACGUCCAUCAGGUGUUCGUGGUGCUGACGCUGAUUAUCAGCGCGGUGAGCAUGGGCAUGAACAACGUCAUCGUGGAUCUGUGCAACCGCAAGAAGGAGCAGAAGGGUACGGCGUGUGCCUCGCACGUCGCGGAGACGAUUGCGGAAGUAAUCGUGGUGCUGACGAUGGCCGUCGGCUACGCCCUGACCCAGCAGCGUAUAGUCACCUUCAUCGACAAGGGCAUUCUGGAUGGCAUUAAGGGUCGCUCCAACGCUGGUGGCAUGACGCAGCUGCCUUAA